AUGCAGAGCCGUCCGUUGAUAUCAGUGGUUGCUCGGCGCAGCCGUGCCCUGUUGGGGCAAGCCGGUAGCCGAAGCCGAAAUCUUUCGGGAUCUACCAUCAGCAAGCCAGUUGGGUCUCUCUGGGUAUCAAAUACAGGCCAUGACAACUCGGUCGUCCCAACAAAAAUUCCCAUUAUCCGGGGCAUUUCGACUGCUACGGGUGUCUGCUGGAUGCCAAUCAAGACCAUCGAGGUCCCUACCAUGGGAGAUAGUAUCACUGAAGGAACCGUUGUGGAUUUGCCCGUUGCCCCAGGUGACACUGUGCAGGCUGAUGAUGUCGUGGUGGUUUUGGAAACCGAUAAAGUUAGUGUGGAUGUCAGGGCUCCUGAAGCGGGUGCAUUGGUAGAAAUUUUGGCCGAGGUAGACGAUGUUGUAGAGGUUGGAGCUUCCUUAUUCCGCCUUGAUACCGAUGUGGAAGUGGCGGCAAAGCCUGCAGCGGCAGCAGCACCCGAAUCCACCCCUGAACCUGCUGCUCCUGCCAAAGAGGAACCAGCUGCUGCAGCAGCGCCCCCUCCGCCACCACCUCCUGCAGCUGCCCCGCCAACUCCGCCACCACCACAACUCAAACCCUCUGGGCCUCCCAUUGCCGAUGCCCCCGCCUUUACUGGAUCUCGUACGGAGCGAAGGACUAAAAUGUCUAGAAUGCGUCAACGUGUGGCAGCCCGACUGAAGGAGGCACAAAACACCGCUGCCAUGCUCACAACCUUCCAGGAAUGCGACAUGGGUAACUUUAUGGAACUUCGCAAUCGCCACAAAGACGAGUUUGAAAAGAAGCACGGGGUGAAAUUGGGAUUCAUGUCUGUUUUUGUCACGGCUGCCACCGCCGCCCUGCAAGAGCUCCCCGCCGUCAAUGCCUACAUUGAUGAUGCAGCCAAGGAAGUCGUUUACCGUGAGUUUGUCGAUAUCUCCGUUGCUGUGGCGUCUCCGACGGGAUUGGUCGUCCCUGUUUUGCGAAACACGGAAACCAUGAAUUUUGCCGAUGUCGAAAGGAAUAUCGCCAUGUAUGCCCAAAAGGCCAGAGAAGGCACUUUGGCCUUGGAUGAUAUGGCAGGCGGAACAUUUACCAUCUCCAAUGGUGGAGUGUUUGGUUCCCUAAUGGGUACUCCCAUUAUCAACCCUCCUCAAUCUGCAAUUUUGGGAAUGCAUGCUACAAAGAUGCGAGCCGUGGUCAACGAAAAGGGCGAAGUUGUGGCGAGGCCCAUGAUGUACUUGGCGUUGACGUACGAUCAUCGUCUCAUUGAUGGAAGGGAAGGAGUUACCUUCUUGAAGAGUAUUGCCGACAAGAUUUCGGAUCCCUCUCGAUUGAUCUUGGAUCUUUGA